AAGCUUUCAAGAUGGCUGUGAGUAACCAACAAAGUAUGGAUACGGGCUCAAUUUCUAGCCGUGUAGACGUGGACAGCCCGCCUUUUUCGCGUAUUUUCAUAGUCUGCAGUAAGAAGCACUCGUCGGAAGACAUGAGAGCCGCAUUCGAACAAUUUGGCACCAUUGAAGAUAUCUGGGUUGUGAAGGACAAACAGACGAAAGAAAAUCGUGGCGUGUGUUACAUAAAGUUCGCCAAAGCGUCUUCGGCCGCUCGAGCUUGCGAAGAAAUGGAUGGAAAAAUUAUUGCAGAUGAUCCUAAACCAAUUAAGGUACUUUUUGAUUUUGACAGACUCAGAUUUCAAACAAAUCAUCUCUUGUCCCCUUAUGUUGAAGUUUGUAUUGAAGUUUGUUCUAUCGUAAGCAUCCUAACAUCCCACUACUAAUUACAAAAUGCCAUGUGCUAGAACUUAAACCUGUUCUUUGGGAGCUUUCAAAGCGUUUUUCUCGGUGUUACGGUUGAUAAUAUGCAUUUAUAGCUGAAACUGUUUCUUAUUCGGGUUUUUACAAUAAAGAACUCAGUCUAAUAUUUUCCUUGCUAGAAAUAGUGAUGGAUGGAUCAGAGAAAGGGAAGCAGAGUUAUUGUCUAAAUCGAAUGCUUUCAAAAGCUUUCAAUUAUUUAUAUUACAUGACCACUUUUUUGCCAUAAGCUAGGAAACCGAUCUAUGUAAGAACAUAUCUAUUUGGUCAGAUCUUUAGCGAUUGCUUUGUUUGAUGAGAUUUUCUUCCGUAAAAUUGGUUUUGGCACGUAUUGUUUUUUUUAUGUCACCCUAAACAUCUCUGUAGGGUGUUUCAACGUGGAUAAGUGAAAAACAUGUACCUUUCAAGCAUGAAUAUUUCACGAUCUCCUAUUAACUUCAUAAUUGGCCAAAUAUUAUCAUAUGCUUAUCGCAAACUUCUUUAUCAGGGAUUUCAGCGAGACAGAAACGUCAUCUCUUCUGUAAACUUUAAUUGCGUUUGGACAAUCUUGAGUUAUAUUUUGGAUAAAUUUACAAAAUGCCCCUACAGACUCCAAGAGCUCUUUGUUCAUCUCACCAAGAGAAAGUUGUUAAAAAUUGAUAGGAAAUAGCUUGUUCUUGCUUUAGUGUUUUUGAGUGACGUAAAAUCUUGAUAGGGUGAAGCUUCUAAAACUAAUUUUUCCUUAAUUUUCAAAAUGAAAUUUUGAUGAGUGCAUCAAAAAUGUCUGUAACAUUAAUUAAAAGGUUUACUUUCAAGAUAAUCUUUAUAUUUUCAAUCUUUGAAAAGUUGGGUUUUUUUGUUUGAAAGGUGCUAUAUGGAAAGGUUGGUUGUUAUGUAAACAUAACAGAACAUUUUUUCCCCAUAGUAAGACAACUUUUGAAAGGUUUUCACUUUCUUCUGGGCUUUUAUGAGAGUCAAUUAAGUUCAUAUCACUAAUUGCUUCUUUCAAGUCCAGGUUUUGUUUCUAACAUGGAAAAAAGCAAAAUUGCUUAUUAGGUGUUUGGAAAUUAUAUGAAUGUCACUGAAUUUGCAGAUGGCACCCAACAGUGGUUAUUUAUAUUUCAUGUCCUCGUGAGAAGAGGAAUUUUUAGUAUUAGUUUCCUUCGUGUAUGUUUGAUGGCAAACAAUUAGUUUAUUAUUGAAACCUAUCGGGUAUAUGAAAAUAUUUUAAUGCUAAACUUGUAAACUAAUUUUGUAUUUGUAGUAUUUUGUGUACUUGUACCAAAAUUGUAGGUGCACAGUACAAUAACAAGCCUUUUUUUCUUGUUCAAUCCUAUAUCUUUCUUUCAACACAAGAGGAGAUUGUGUAAAUGCUGUUGAAGAUUUAGGAUUUUAAUAUGUCUUUCACCUUAGGGUCUUACAAUAUCUCUCAUUAGCCAAUAUUUCUUCAUUAAGCAAAUUUACAUGGUUUGCAUCAAGUUUCUUCAAAUGGUAAUUAGUCAGUAUGCCAGUAAGAUUAAAAUUGAUUUUUCUCUUAGUGCCAGUGAUUCUUUUUUUUAAGUACUAUCAACUCUUGGUUUAUUGAAAUAUUAAGUGAACCUCUUUAUGGCAUUGUCCAUUAGCCUCUCAAACAAUGGUUUUUUGCAGGACUUACCAGUGCUAUAUUUUUUUCAAAUGAAUUGAAGAUCAGAAAAAAGAUUUUUUAUUUAUGGAUGUGAUAUAUACCCUGAGUGAAAUAAGAUGUUAUCACAGCUCAUUGCCUAAGGUACUGCCCUAGGAGUGAGAUGAGGGAUCAGGGUUUGUUGCUAAGGGCCAGCUGCCUGCAAAAUUGGCUGGAUGGAAAAAUGGUGAUGGCUGAUUGGACUUUUGGUCAACAAUUCCUCAGUAAAGCACAAAGGGCUUUUCUGAGGUUGGAAAUAAACAAAGUUUAUUGUGAAAAAAAAAUUGUAAUUAUUGGAACCUUUAUAAACAAAUGAAUGUAUCCAAAAUGUUUUACAAUUGUUUUUAAAAAGAUGUAAACUUAAUUAAAAAGGUACACAUUCUUUUGGGAGUGCUUUGCCCAGAUUUUAUCUUAACCCUUUCACUCUCACAAGUGAUCAAGACAGAAUUUCUCUUUACAAUAUCAAUACAAUAUCAAGCAGGCAGGUAAUGAGAAUAGAGAAGAAUAUCAAUCACGGGAUUAUUAGUUGAUCCAAUACCAAAUUCUCUGAACUAGCAUCAUAAGAGUUGUAUGGCAGAUAGUAAGGAGAAUUACUAAUUAGAUCUUGGGAGUGAAAGGGCUAAUCUGUCACUUAUGCAAAGAAGCUGGCACUGUAGAUCUCUAGAAUGCAACCUUUCUUGCUUCUCGCCUAAUAAGAACAUUUUUGAUUAUUUUGUUUUUAGGCGAUGAUUGCCCAGUCUAAAGGUUCAGGCUCUAAAACAGAUUUUCAUGAUGAAACAGCACUGACCCGUUUAUUCAUCAUCUGUCCAAAAGAGUACACAGAGGAUAACUUACGUCAAAAAUUCCAGGACUUUGGGGAGAUAGAGUAUGUCCAAAUUGUACGUGACCAUAAAACUGGUGAAAACAAAGGUUUUGGAUAUGUUAAGUUCAGGAAGUCAUCUGCAGCAGCUGUUGCACUUGAGAACUGUGACAAGACUCUUAAAGCUGUAUGGGCUGAGCCCAAAUCAGCUAAAAUUGCCAGAAAUGCAGCAGCUGCAGCAGCAGCCAUGCAAUCUACAUUAAUUCCACACAAUCCAUUUCUAGAGGUAAAUAAUUACCCUCAGGCUGCGGCAGCACCAGUCAGCAGCCAUACAGUCAGCAUGAAUGUGAAUAAUGCUGCAUCGCUUCAGGGAGUUGCAGAUUACUAUGGAACUCAAAACCCUGUAGCAGCAGUUGCAGAGUCUAUUACAACGUCACAUACCCCCACCAGGCUGUUUGUUAAAGUGUCCCCUAUGAUAGGGGCAGAGCAAUUAUCGCGCUUGUUUGACAUCAUUCCUGGUAUGCAGAUGUGUGAUUUGAAGCGGAAUUAUGGCACUGGAGAAUCCAAGGGCUUUGCUUAUGUCACAUACAACUCUGUAGGAUCUGCAAUCUAUGCUAAGGAAAAACUCAAUGGGUUUGAAUACCCAUUGGGCUCAAAGCUUGUGGUAAAAUAUGCGGAAGAUCCUCCUGGAAUGCGUAGUAAUGGUACAGGGCAGGGUAGUGACACAGCUUUUCAGAUUCAGUCACACGGCUCUAAAUCAUCUCUCACUGGUGGCUCAUAUGCAGUGGACUACUCUACUGCUGUCUACACUUCAGCAGCUCUUCCAGCACCAUCUCCUUUGGCAGAUCCAACCUCUGAGGUUGUUUCAAGACUGUUUAUUGUUUGUCAACCAGCCCCACCACCAGAAAGUGCCCUUAAGGAUGUCUUCAGCAGGUUUGGGAACCUGAUUGAUGUGUGGAUGAUGAAAGAUCGUAACUUUGGUUAUGCCAAGUUUGCAAGCAAGGAGUCUGCAGAUGCAGCCAUUGAAGGAAUGCAUGGCCAUGAAGUUCUUGGUAUGAAGUUGAAGGUGAUGCAUGCUGAUCCACCCAAGUCAGAAGCGUCCAGAAAACGACCUCGCACAUGAUGUUAGAACAGCAGAAUUACACAACUAGCAUUUUCAUCCUCACAGACUAAGGUAUCAAAGGUAAUGUAGAACCUGUUUCUUCAUGUUUAUUUCCUAUGCAAGACACCCCUUUUGGUUUAUGUCAUGUGGCAAUCAACUUGUAGAACUGAGUUAAAACAACAUUGAGCACAGAUAGCAAGCUUUUCCUCAUUUUCAAGCACACAUGCUCCACUGCCACUGGAAUUGCUUUGUUUGACAAUGGGAAAGACACUGGACUUGAUGGACUGGUUUUACAGACAUGAAGAACUGGAUUACAGGGAACUUGACUAUAUAUCACAUGUUAUUUGGAACUUAUGGACUGAACUUCACGGGAGACAUGGGACAUACAGACUGCAUCAAGAAAGAUAUGGUUCUUGGGGACUGUAUUUCACAGAACAAUGACGGCAAGACUCUACAUCAACCAAAGUUGUGGAACUGUUUGUGUAAUGUUAUACUGGUAGGAAGGUAGUUUGGAAUUAAAGUUGCAUAUGAAGUGUAAAGAAAAUCCAAAGACCAGUUAAGGUAGCAUAGUUACAAAUCUAAGAGAACUAAAAAAACUUUGAAGUCUCUGUUUAAGACUUUAACUCUUUACACCUUAACAUCAGUAUGCACAUUCUCCAUACUGUUCUCUUUACAUUUCCUGUGGUACUGAGAAUGAGACUUUGUUUAACGAUCAGUAGAUUCUUUAGUCAGAGAUCAUUCUUAGUUCUUGCGAUCUUAAAGUUUAGAUGUUAGUCACUCUCAGUGGUUAGAGGGUUAAGACAGAUCUGUCUUCAGUCAUAAACUAGGAACUUGGUGGCCUGGUAAUGGUUCAGAUUUGUUCAUGAGCGGUAACAGUUUCCACUGUUUCAGUGGGUUUUGAGUUGCAUUCAUGUGCAUGUGUUGGGUUUUUUCCCUAACUGACCCUACAGAAAGUCUGUCCACAGAAUCUUUUCAGUGAGACUCUUUUCAUUUCUUUUAAGGAAUGUUUUUUAUCAGCAUUUACCUUAUAAGGGUCACUAAUAUGUCCUUGCAAUGAACAUUACUUCUUAAGUUUCUUAAGUUGUAUACCUCUAGGAUGCUUAGUAAGGCAAACGGUCUUGUUAAAGUUACACAAAGAAAAUUUCUUUGCAUUCAAGAUUUGUGUCAUCAAGUACUUAAUUGGUUUUUCCUUAGUCAUUUCAUUUUUUAUGAUUCAUUUUAUCUCGUCUUCAAAAUUAUUAAGAGUUCUGAGAAUAAAUUAACCCUUUAACUCCCAGAUCAAAUUUGUAAUUCUCCUUAUUGUCAACCAUAAAAUUCAUAUAAUGUUAGUUCAGAGAAUUUAAUAUUGGAUCAUUUAAUUAUCCCCAAGUUGAUAUUUUUCUUUAUUCCUCAUCUCUUAUCUGGUUGAUAUUGUAUUGAUAUUGUAAGAAGAAAUUCUGUCUUGGUCACUCAUGGGAGUUAAAGGGUUAACAAAGAUAUUGUGUGUUUUAGGUACUAAUCUAACAAUUUCAAUUUAUCUCAAGUCACAAAACAUACGAGAUAUGGUGUUUCCACUCAUAGGUUUAUACAAGAAUGCUGGAAAUUUUUCAGUGUUUUACUGUUUAAGUUUUUGAUGAAAUUCUUUAGUUGAGUUCCUAAAAGGGAUUUGGUAUCCAAAAUGUAGAUAAAUUAUUUUCACUGUUUUGAAGUUUGUUGAGCAAGAAGAGAGGAAGCAACUUGGUACAUUGGCCUUGUGGGUAU